CAGCAAGUGGCAACACACCUCUCUGUCAACAGUUUGACACAUGGUAGAUGGGAAAAUAGUGAAAAAUGCCCUGGCUGGAUGGAGGGUGGAAGUGGACAGUACUGGCGGCAGGGCUUUUCUUCAUGUCCUUUGGGGGACAUGGCUUUCUCUUCGUGCUGUAUGCACUCAUGUUCAUUGGAGGUGGCUUUAUGAUCAUGUACUCCAGUGGACAGAACACGUCUACACAGGGAUUGACUGAGGAGGUAACUUCACUAGCGAGACCCAUUCCAGGGAUUACCAAGGUAAAAGCUAACAUGGAGAAUACAACGAAAAUAAGGAAUUUUGACAAGCGAAUGACAGGAGCGAGUGUCAUUGAUGACGUGCUACAGGAGGUUUUGCAAUACACCAUUAGAGAUUAUAUUAAAACUUGGUACAGACAGAUCAGCGAACAUGAUGGGUUUCUUCUUGAUAUUCAUCAUUUUGUGCAAAAGGUCGUCAUAACCUUUUCCAGUAGAUCAAAAGAAAUCGACUGGAUGCCAUAUUUUACACAGAGACUUGUUGAUGAUUUUGCAUCACACAUUCGUCUCUUUAGAAGAGCUUCUGAAAAAAUAGCAGCUUUACCCAAAGAAGAACGGGAAAAGGCUGAUAUUGUCGAAACAUUUUUUGAUCUGGAAGUGGAUAUGGAAAACAACAUGUGUCGGGAUGAAAUCUGCUUAUCACCAGAUGCUGAAAGACAAUAUUUACAGGAUCUGGUGGAAGUGAUUUUGUUUCUGCUUUUACCAAAGGAGGAUUUUUACAACAAACCAUUUAGAUAUAUUAUUAGGGAAGUUGUUGUGAAUGGUAUAUUUAUGCCGACUAUAGAUUUACUGUCUGACCCAGAUUAUAUUAAUCAAUAUAUUGCAUGGAUGUGUGAAAAUUCAUCUUUUACAAAAGAGACAUUCCUGACUGUGAUAAAAAGUAGUGAUUGCCUCGACGAGCUGGACGCGGUACAUGACAUGGUGGAGCAGGAGAUCACCAGGUGGCGGGCCAAAGAUUCUGGAGGCACUGACGAUGCUUUAAUAAAACAGAAUUUGAAUAGUUUGCGCUUCUUGAAGGAUACAUGUGAUGUUCGGAAGAAACGAUUGCAGUAUGGCCCACCCGAAUUAGAUCAAAUAAAUGAAGAACCAGAUUUCCUGAAGUAUCAGAACUUGUAUGUUCUUACUCUAGAUGACAUCAUUGGCAACAACAUUGCUUUACAGACUUUCAUAGAAUUUCUUAAUGAGAAGGGAGGCCAACAGUACUUAUAUUUCUACUUAAAUGUUGAGGGUUUCCGGGCAGCAGCCGAGCAGCAGAUAAGUGAAGCUCACAGAUUAAAGAAUGACAGUCGCAUUUCUAUAGAACCUGACCUGGAGUCACUGCGCAGAGCUGCUACCAUUAUCUUUGACCAGUAUCUGUCAGACAAGGCAUCAUCUAAAAUAAAGGUAGAGAGUGAUUUGUCGAGGCUGACAAUACAGAACAUCAGGAGCAAAAUGUUGUCGGAAGAUGUAUUUGAUUCUGUGCAGGCACGGGUAUAUCAGAUUCUACACAACAACUACUACGAGGAGUUCCUACAGACAAGUUUGUACAUCAGACUGCUGAGUGAGCUUGGACUGCUGCCGGACAGCAAGUCAGACGAUGGAGACACACUCAGUAUAGAUGACGUUCCCCGGAUCAUGUGGUUUAAGGGAGUCCUCCGGUCCGAGAGGUCAAGGGAUCAGUCCCCCUCAAUGGACCAGUUCAACCAGUGCUCCACAACUGGUAUAACAAUGGCCAUGGCUGACGAACCUAUAGACGUGUCAUCGGAGAGCUCACCCGACACACGGUCUCUCGAUUCCCUGUCAUCCACGUCCUCUGGGGGGACGCCAUCUGGUGACCUGUGUGUCACAGCUCACAUCUCUCAGUCAGGGAUUGUCAAAGAAGCCGGAAAGUCGUAUGCGAUAUUUGCGAUAACUGUCAAGAAAAAGAUUUUAGGUUCUGAUGAGGAGGACAUCUGCGACGUGUACCGACGAUACAGUGAUUUCCAUGACCUCAACAUGUUACUCAUAGAGAAGUUUCCAGAAUUGGUUGGACCAAGGCUGCCUGGUAAGACAGUUAUCAAAAAUACAAGCAAGGAGUUUCUGGACAAGAGACGACGAGCUCUUGACCGCUACUUAAAAGCCAUCAUGAAGCCUGACAUGUGGCAGAAAUUCCAGGGGAUGGAGGAUCUAGUGAUGCGUUUCCUGGCACCAGGCCUGUGGGAGAAACACAAGAGUGAUCUGGCUAGAAAGAUGGACACCAUUGUGAACCCACUGAGGUCGUCUAUGAAGACGGUAGGACAUGCUGUGAAGGGCAUUGAUGGAAUCAUACGAAACAACGACUACAAGGCAGAUUUAAGUAUGCCCAUCAGUGGAAAAGUUAGUGCAGGAUUGCAUGGCUCAGAUACUGAAGAAAACAUUCCAUUGCGGAUUAUGCUGUUGAUGAUGAACGAAGUCUUUGACUUGCGACACAAGAACCAAUGGCUGCGGCGGAGAAUUGUUGCUAUUCUGCGACAACUCCUCAAAGCCACAUUUGGAGAUAUGAUCAACAGAAAAAUUGUUGAUCAUGUCGAUUGGAUGACCUCUGCAGAACAAAUGGCAGAAUAUGUGAAAGCUUUCAGAGAUUCGUUUUGGCCGAUGGGUAUCCUAGCUGAGCCGCGGCCCGAGAGAGACCUGCACACUGUGAUGAGGACCAGGGUGUUGUGCAAGGCAAAAAUGCUCGGAAGUAUAUCAGAUGAGAUGCGACAUUUGAUGGGUACGGACACAAUUCAGACUGGAGUUGACCGCGUGUUCAAAAUGUCCCAGCAUAAACACUUGAAUAAGAGAUUAAUAUAUGUGUGUCUGGAAGGUGUUCUAGAAACAUUGUUCCCAACUAACAAGUUCCAUGCACUUUUCCGUAAACUCCAUUCAAAAUCAAAACGGGUCAAAGAAGGUGGUCGUGAAAAAAUGGACACAUUUUGUGAUUCACGAACAAGACCAACAAGACGCUGAGUUUGGAAAAUUGCCAAAUUAUGCUGACUUUUUAUGGACGUGUUUAAUUGUCACUGAUUUUUACAUUAUUUAGUCAACGGCAUCUGUAUCCUGUACUAGACAAUCAUACUUGUGACACGGUUAUGGAUGUGUGUUUAUUGUGUGAAAGAUAAAAUGUAAAAAACAAUAUUCAAAAUACGGGUGUCUGCAAGGUUCAUUAGUUCCCCAGCAUUAUUCCGUUCAUUGAAACAAGUGUUAUAUCAACAUUAAACGUACAGCUCAAAACUACCAAUAGUACUCACAGAAGACGGGUAUACAACAGCUGUAUAUAAACCUACCCUCAACUUUUUUUUCUUUUCUUUUUUUUAUAUCUUGCAGGACUAAAACAGAUAUACUGUAAAUCAGGAAAUGUUAAUGAGCAUAAAAGUUUAGCAAAAUUUGUGAGGCCAUACAUACAACACACUAAAUAUUUCAUGACCUGAAAAUUUAAAGAUACUUACUAUAGACUGUUUCUAAUAAAUGUUUGUGUGGUUGUUUUGUCAAUGUUUAACUGAAUACAACAAUGGUUACAUGCUAUUGAUUAAACCAAAAGGAUGGCAAACAUCCGUAAGUUAGCAUGCACAUUGCUGCAAUUUUCUACUAAAUUUAAGUUGUGUGUAAGAUGCAUGAUGCGUAAUGGUAAAAUUGAUCAAAAGUAUUAUUUCAGCCGAUCCUACAACUUAAGCUUUUUUUUUAGUGUUUGAUAUGAUAACCUCACUAAAAUUUUAUGUCACUAAUAUGGCAUUUAUUAAGAUUUCGCUAAGAAUGCUAGUAUUUUAUAAUUUACAGUAUUAACAGUUUGGUCAUUUUGUUCAGUGUAGACCUAGGAUUAGCUGGUGUGCAUAGCAUAAAUUAAAACUUCCAUUAAUUAAAUGAAAGACUCAUUAUUAAGCUAUGACAUUGAAAUGGAUAACAUUGUAUAAGCGUGAACCUAUUUGUAUGUAUUCUUUGUUUUUCCCCCAAAGUUGAGAUUUUAAACUUGGAUUUCAAAAAUAUGUGGAAUUCUGCAUCUACAGAUUAAAGUUGGAAUCAAAAUUCAUGGGAAUCAAUGUACAGAAAAACACCGAAUUAAGUCGGUGCCUUUAUCCGACUGGAAAAGUAGAAUUUUAAAAUGAGCUUCCCGUUUGUUUGAGUUUUAUAUCCCGAGUGAAUACCGUUAUUUAUUACUUGAAAUGAACAUUUAGCUCCUUGUAUCCCAGUGUAGUGUUGUCACAGUAAAAUUGAUUUCUAUAACAGGGCGUAAUAAGAACACAUGAAAUACAGUUGAUAUGUCUGUAAAACAAAAACCAAUGUUUUAAUUCAGUGUUGUCAGUGCAUUGUAAGAUGGAAUACAGCCACCAAAUUCUAAAUUUCAGUAAGGAAAAAAAAAACAGAAAUUGAAUUACAAAAAAAACUUGAAGUUAUAAUUCCAGUCCAACACAUAUACCAGAAAGGAAUUUGUUAAUCAAAAUUCACAUAAAAAUUGGACUGCUACAAAGAAUUGAAAUCUAAUUCAGACAUGGAAAAAACAUACCUGAAAAUCAGUUAUCUCGUUUAAAUGUUUAAAUAUUAAAAUAAUAUAUUUGAGACUAUGUGUAAGGAAUGUGUUGGCAGUAAUGUUGCGAUAAAAUGUUAGCGUGCUAGUUACUAGUAAGUAAACUGGAUGUUAGUAGAAAUGCUUUGCGAGACUAAAAUUUUAAUGAUACAUAAAAGCAUGUGAUAUAGCCAAACUGUCUGUCUUAAAUUAAUCGAGUCAUUCCAAAACAAUACAUUUCAUAUUCGUCUUUAUUAGCAGAAUUGUUCACGGUCUUGCUAACAUUAAUUAUUCUGAGUGAAAUUCUAGUUGAUAGAAAUAUUUUUGUAUAUAUAUAUAUAUAUAUAUAGUGAGUCUUGUAUAAAUUCUCACAUUCCCAGUGCAAUUUGGCAAGGUUUAAUGUCAGGCAUACAUUUCCAAACAAAAGUGUUUGCGUGGCUUUGCAACAGUUUCCACUCUGUGAUGGGGUAGUUCCACCAAACAUUAGCUAACCUGAUUUAAUUUUCUAUUUAUAAAUGUCAUUUUUGAGAUAAAAGUGCUUCAGGGGCCAAAUUCAUAAAACAUUUUAACAUUAUAUUUACAGGUUCAGUAUCUAUUUCAUGCAUGCAAUAUUACAUAAUUGUGGAAUCUGAAUAAUAGUAACACAGUUUGCAGAUGAUUUUUGUUUGUUCAUACCCUAAUGAACAUAAAAGAAAUAACAGACAAUCCAUAACUAAUCAUUUUCUUGUGCUCUUAACAUGACCUAUCUUCCAUAUUGUUGUAAUUUUCAACGUGAAAUAGAUACCAAAUACUUGUAAAUAUACCAAAUACUUGUAAAUAUACCUGUACAACUUGUAACUGUGACUGUAAAGUGAAUUUGGCUCCAGAUUUUCUGAUUUUAGUGCUACCUAAAAAUUGAUCCAGUUUUGGUUGUUUGAAAAACUCACAGGACAGACAAGCCUGUUUUUUUUAGGCCUGCGUUUUCUGAAUUUGUCCAAUGUCACUUUAAUGUUUGCUUUAUGAAAGUUUGUUUUAUUGUGGAACUAGUACCAGUACACAGUGCAUGACUGAUUCAUUUAAAACUGUAUAAAUUCACUACUUGUAACAAAGUUUCACAAAUGUAUGCCAAGUAAUUGUUUAAAUUCAGGACUUGUAACAAAAUUUCUCAAGUGUAUGCCAAGUAAUUGUUUAAAUUCACUACUUGUAACAAAGUUUUUCAAGUGUAUGCCAAGUAAUUGUUUAAAUUCAGGACUUGUAACAAAGUUUCUCAAGUGUAUGCCAAGUAAUUGUUUAAAUUCAGGACUUGUAACAAAGUUUUUCAAGUGUAUGCCAAGUAAUUGUUUAAAUUCAGGACUUGUAACAAAGUUUCUCAAAUGUAUGCCAAGUAAUUGUUUAAAUUCAGGACUUGUAACAAAAUUUCUCAAAUGUAUGCCAACUAUUGUUCAGUCAUGACAUGUAACAAAAUUUCUCAAAUGUAUGCCUGGUAUUAUACCGACUCAAUUGAUGUCUAAUGUUAGAAGAUGUGGGUUGACAGUGUAGUCCCUGUUAAAGCUUGUCCAGUGAGAACCGUCCUAAUACAUACUACUGAGAAGAUGUUAUCAGUCUAGUCUUCACACACUGGAUGAAAUAAAGUGGUGCAACGUUAUUUCUGUAUAAAAUUUGCAUUUUCAUCAUUGUGAAGGUAACAUGUAAAAUAAUUCUAAAUUCAUUUGAGAAGUUACUUUAUACAUCAUACAAUUGUUCCAAUGUUAAUUCUUAAAUAUUCACUCAUAUUUUCGUCUUUUUUUUCCUUUCCUUUUAUUUGUUUUGUUUGUUUGUAAAUCUGACCUCAAACACAUUGCAUUACUUGUGUAUAGGUCUCUCAGCAUAGACUGAUGUGCAAUGUUUUAGGUUAGAAUAAGUAUUACCUCUUGAAUUGUCACUUUGUUCUUCAUAUUCUCAAAUUUCGUUUUGCCAUUGAAACGUGUGUCCAACUAAUAGAUCCUUUUUCAAUGUCUAAAAUUAUUUAAUAUUAAAUUAAUUUUGUUCAGAAGACUUGUGUCUGUAUAUUGAAUGUGUUUCUGGUCGCUUUAAUGUUUGUAGUAUCUCAAACUGGAUUUUAUCUCCCAAUAAUGUCGUGUACGAAGGAAUAUAUAUUGAGAAAUGUAAUAAAGGUUUGAGCUAAUACAAACAUUAGGAUAGUGAGAAAUGUAUUGAAUAUACAGAUGGUGAUAUUGUGAAUAAAAUAAAAUAUUUAUAGGAUAUUAAACAAGAUCCCAUUUUGAAACAUGUUUAUGUUCCAAGUA